AAUCAUCGCUCGCGCGGGCAACUUUUUGGUGCAUGACUCAAGCGCAUUUCAACUCGCUCUGGUCGAAAUCUACAAGAUUGACAUUGGAGCAUCCUGCAUAUAAUACACCUGCUAUACCUGGUCUCUGAUACAAGAAACGACACGAAUACACAUUCAAAUUAUUGUACUCAUUCGCCUCAUCGCGGGACUCGACAACGACUGACCCGAGAGAGGGAACUUUCAGCAUUUUCCGAGUUUGAGAGCAGCACAUCGUCACCAUGCCGACCAUUGCGGUAGACAAGGCGGAUCUUUAUAAAGCACUCGGAAGAGAGUACACCAAAGAUGAAUUCGACGAAUUAUGCUUCGAGUUCGGCAUCGAGUUAGACGAGGAUACCUCCGACCAGAAACGACCAAUCGUCAACGGUGUAGAAGAACGACCUCAACUAAAGAUCGAAAUUCCGGCCAACAGAUAUGACAUGCUGUGCUUCGAAGGCAUCGCCAUGAAUUUGAAUGUGUUCUUGGGAAGAGAGAAGAUGCCAAAUUAUAGGCUGGCAGCGCCACUAGGUGGUGAGCUCCUCAGCGUGACAGUACAGAAAGAGACAGAACAGGUUAGGCCGUACUUCUCUGCUGCCAUUCUACGGAAUAUCAAAUUCACCAAGGACCGAUAUGAGUCUUUCAUUGCUCUGCAAGAUAAGCUGCAUCAGAACUUGGCACGACAAAGGACACUGGUGGCCAUUGGUACCCAUGAUUUAGACACAUUAUCAGGGCCCUUCACAUAUGAGGCACUCCCUCCGGACCAGAUCGAAUUUGCGCCACUCAAUCAGACAAAAUCGAUGAAGGCGCCAGAGAUGAUGGAGUUCUUUGAGAAGGACAAGCACCUUUCGCGCUACCUUCACAUUAUUCGCGACAAGCCUGUGUACCCAAUCAUUUACGAUGCGAACAGGACUGUGCUAAGCAUGCCGCCAAUCAUCAAUAGCAAUCACUCGAAGAUUACGCUCGACACGACUAAUGUAUUUAUUGACAUCACGGCUACCGACAAGACGAAGUUGGAGAUUGUCAACCAUACAAUUAUCGCCAUGUUCUCGGCCUAUUGCGCAGAGCCCUUCACCAUCGAGCCAGUCAACAUCAUUUCACCCCACAACCAGCAGUCUCGCCAGACCCCGGACGUGACGCCUCGUGCAACCACAGCCUCAGCAUCCUUCAUCAACUCGGUGUGCGGACUGAAUGAAUCACGAGAAUCGCUCUGCGCCCUACUGGAGAAGAUGUGUCAUACCGCCAAGCCCUCCACGACCGAUCCUGAUGCGCUCGAUGUCGCUGUACCAAUUACCCGCGCCGAUAUCUUGCAUCAAGCCGAUCUGAUGGAAGACGCAGCCAUUGCCUAUGGAUUCAACAACCUCCCUCGAACUUUCCCGGCCACUUCUGCUAGCGUGGCGGCAGCUUUACCCAUCAACAAACUCGCCGAUAUUGUCCGACACGAAGCCGCCAUGGCAGGGUGGAGCGAGGUAAUGCCUCUCAUUUUGUGCAGCCACGACGAGAACUACGGGUGGCUCAACCACAAAGAUGAUGGACGUGCCAUUCGUCUAGCAAACCCCAAGACCGCCGAAUACCAAAUUGUCCGCACAAGCCUGGUCCCGGGCCUUCUCAAGACCGUCCGUGAGAACCGCAAGCAUGCAGUGCCCAUGCGAGUCUUCGAGGUCGCUGAUAUUGCGUUCAAAGACGAAACCCUCGAGCGCAAGAGCCGCAACCGUCGACAUUUCGGCGCGGCUUGGUACGGCAAGUCCUCAGGCUUCGAACAGGUUCACGGUCUGCUUGAUCGGAUAAUGUUGAUGCUUCGGGUCAAGUUUGUGGAUCCCACGGCAUGGUCGAAAUCAUUCCUGCCACAACAAUCUGCAGAGGCAGCAAAGAAGGGACAAAAGACGCCCGCACUAACGUACUACAUCGAGGAAGUUGAUGACCCAACUUAUCUCGCCGGCCACGCUGCCGCUGAAAGCUCCAAGGUUCGAAAGACCGAGGCCGUUCGCAUCGGAACUUUUGGCAUCUUACAUCCGACUGUGCUCAAGAACUUCGAGCUGCCGUUCCCGACAUCGACGCUUGAGCUCGACCUGGAAGUUUUCCUAUAG